GUGCACAAGCCCUAAAGAACCAAUUGAUUUUGUAAUAGGAAACCGUGAAUAAUAAUAGUGGGGCUCUGAUCUUGCGAGACGAUUGAACUUUUUGAGAUGUAAAAGCGUCGGAAGAGAAAGCAAACUCGUUCAUUCAAUCGCUCGUAAUUAGUACAUAAAAAAAAUACAAUCUUCGAAUGUAACGAAAACAUUUGAAAACAUUUUAUGUCAGAAUAACCUGUACGCGAUGUUGGUUUUUUGUCCGCCAACAAUAUGAGGAAUACAUAAACAAAUAGAAUGUCUCCGUCAUGACUCGCAAGUGCGCUUUGUGUAAGGACACCAAUUACAAAAAUAAAUUCAGCUUCUUCUCGGCGCCAAAGAAUGCGGAUUUGCGCAAAAAGUGGCAAAAUGCUUUGUAUCGCGCCAGAAGAAAUGUUACUGUCACAGACGACACGUUUGUGUGUAGCAGACAUUUUGACAAGGACGACAUUAUUACGCACUGGGUUAGCGGAGUGCCGCCUCAUGUAGUAACGAUUGAGUACAAGAAGUGUCGACUGCGUCCAGGAGCUGUGCCAAGUAGAAAUCUUCAUUCAGCUGCUAGUUCAGACACUGAUACCGCGGAUGUAUGUAAAAUAAAUGAAAAUGUUUUAACAUUGAGAAAGGGAAAAAUGUCAGAAGAAACUUUCUUAAUACCUAGGAGAGAGAGAAGCGCAAGUGAUGAGAACAGAAAUGCCUACUAUUGCGGUUAUUCCAAGUCGCAAGAUUACACUGGUGAGGAAAAUAACGAUUUCAAUAACAUCCAGUUGUCGCAUGUGAGAGACACGAAUAGGGAAAAUUCAAACGCUUGUGUAAGUAACGCGAAAGAGUCAAGAUGCAGAAAGAAAGAAACGAGCGAAGCACUCGAGUGUGAAACAAGUUCUAAUUUAGAGCUUAUGAAUAACGUUGCAGAGAAAAGAAAUAAGAAGAGAAAAGUAUGCAACAUGUCCGGUGUAAAUGUACUCGAUAGAACGAAGGAUUUUUCCAUCAACGAGCACAGUUUCUCUGACAGGAGCGAAACGGCAGUAGAAACGAGUGGACACAGUAAAACCACAGACAGUAGCCUACAGCCACUUACCGGCAUGUACAUGGAUAACGAAGUGUCGCUUACUGAAAAUUACGCCGCUUUAGAUUCGUGGGACAGCGAGUUGUGUAGCGACGACAGCAACAUGCUAUUCGAAGAUUUUCUCGAUGUUUGCACAGAAGUGUCUAUUCCGCAUGGCUGGUCGUGUCUAGUGACAUCGAGAGGUCACAGUACAACUGUCGUCUAUCUCUGUAUGAACAUAACAGACAACGGACUGCCAUUUGUAGAGAAACAAGUUUUUUUAAGAAGCGACAUGAUCGCGCACUUCGUCGCGGUCAAUAAAGAAAUCGAUCCGCUCGAGCACAGUCUUGUAAAAGAGAGAAAGCACAACAAAGUGAAAAGUUUGUCGGACGUAGAAAUGCUUAUUAACAAGUUUGACCAGCGAGUGAUUUGUCAAGGCAUAUACGAUUUCAACGAGUACGAGGAUGACGACAUAGCUAAAGUUGUAUGCACGGACGGACUGAAAUGGAGACACAUGUUUUGUCCAUUGAUAGUGGGCAACGAUUCGUCCAGAUGUUUGAAGUGCACCACGCUGUCCCGUAUGUUACGAAAAUCCUGAGAACAUUUGCCAAACCAGGAGCUUAUCGAAUCGAAGAAGGAAUGCGAGGAAGACGUCGAAGCAAAAUGAAAUUUGCGCGAAGAUACGUUGGCUAGUCUAUUCUGUAACUUUGUUAUUAACACGCGCGUUACAGUUAUCGAAAAUCUCCGCGCGGACGAAACGUUACGAAAUAGUUGCGCAACGAAGUAACGAAAUUUUUAAUACCGAACAAUGUGUGAACUGAUGUGUAUGUGUGUAUUUUAUGAUAAAUUAUACAAAAAAAAAUCGUGUACAAAAAAAAAAUAAAUAAAA